GUUAUCGAACUCCCAAUCACAUGCCAGUCAGUCAAGUUCUGUUGUGAAAAAACAACCCAGUCGUACAGAUGAUCUUCCCUCCACCAAGGUUUCUCAAAAAGGUAUGCACGUUCUUUAUUUCCGAGUCCUCCCGACAGUAAAGGAGGCUGCCAAAGAUGUCGGUUAUGGAAGUGUUAUUAUUGGUGGUCUUAUGUUGACAGGCGUCAUUCUGUACGUGAUGCUCCGUGAACUAUUCUCGUCGAAGAGCCCAAAUGGUGUCUACAAUGCAGCAUUCAAGAUAUGUAAGGAUGAUGCUCGUGUCCAAGAUCUGUUGGGUAGUAAUAUAAAGGCCCAUGGUGAAACAAAUCAACGUGGCAGAAGAAGGCACACCGCCUACCAGUCUUGGUAUGAUGACCAGAAUCGAUUUCACAUGGCCAUGAAAUUCUACCUUAAAGGGACUCUUGGCAGUGGUGUCGUACAUUUAGAAGUCUACGAGAAUGACGCCAAAGAUUUUGAAUAUCGUUAUCUGAUCGUCGAAUCGGAUGGUGGUUUUUCAAAAAAGCAAGUGAUUGUCCGUCCUGCCGAACUAGUGCCCGGUGUCUCCUGAUAUCCGUAAUUCACAGAUGAACGUGCGCUUACUUACUUGAGCUGUAGAAAUACAUAUUUUUGACAAGCU